CACAUAACACACAACACACGAAAGUUACUCUGCAGCAUAAUUUGACAGUCACUAUGUCAAUAUUAGUUCAUAAGAUGCUUGAAAAGCUCUACGAAUUCCCAGAUAGAGUCUUACAGCCAGACGAAGACCGCGAUCAAUUCUUAGUGCCUUGGGGGUUCACCAUCUACAGGACCUUCUAUGGACCUGGAUCGGACGACCAAUGGUCCAAGUUGCUCCAAACCAUCACCACUGGUACAAAAUACCGGCUAAGCAUAAUGGAUGGUGGCGAGGAUACUGUGGUUACCACCAAGUUAUUAGAACUCCUCCACCUCGACGCGCGGUCGGACCCGACACUGCUAGACGGUCUGACACUGGAAGAUGUGCGGAAAGUCUACAUUAAUGGCACUGGAGGUCAACCUAUGAAUGUCGCCAACGACCCCUGGCGUGUCUUCUUCCUAGCAGAUGCCCAGGUACUGCAGGACCCCGAGCUAGGGCUGCUCAAAGUCGUAGCCGCCGAGUACGACCCUGACGCAGGAUACAGGCAUCCACAAAAAUUCUUUGGCUGGAUUACUAUGCCGUCAGCAACGGUUGUGGAUCUGUGGGAUGAGCUGGACACGUAUUAUUUGUGGCAAAUCGUGAAUUUUACGACUGGGGGGCCGGGGGUGUAUUGGGAUGUGGAUAGGAUCUACUAAAACUGAAAUGGAUACUGUAAUAUUGACCCAACGUAGCUCAAGUGUCAUGUUUGGUAGCGCGUGACCGCUCUACAUCUCACCGCCCGACGUUGUAGGAAUAUACCAGACGCGGUCAAAUGAUCCCCGUCGUAUCGAU